CCACCCUCUUUCUCUCCCUCUGCCUCGUUUGAUUUUCCUUCUCAAUUAGGAAUGUAUUGAUCUUUUUCCUGGAUUAAAUAUUGUAGAGGUGUAGAACAUCAUCUUUUUCUGCAAUUAAGUGCAACAUUCCAUUUCCCCAUUUCCAGGACUGUGAAUGAGGAAAGGGCAAAUCCAAUCAUGAAUAUAUGGCCACAUCCGAUCCAUUGUAAGAGGGAGGAAUUUGGGACAGAGGCGAAUCCAAGCAAAUAUUUGAGGAUUAGAGCCAAUGAUACCACAUAGACUAUAAGCCUUGGCAGUUUUCCUUUUUCCCCCUCCAUUUGUUUCCAAUUUGGUGGAUGUUUGUAGGAUAAUGGAUUCUGAAAAAUCGGCCUUGUCAACCAGACCGGUCAAAUGUUGUGAUCGCGAGUGCAGUUGUUGUAUGAUGAAAAGAUCCUUUUCAGGGACUUGGUUUCGGUCUGUGAAGCGGAAGUAUGAUGAGUCGUCAUGUGCUGAAGGUGAUGAGAAAAAGCUUUUCAUCUUACCUCAAACAGCUCGUGUUGAAUUCGAAAACGAAUGUGCAGCCCUUCGGGAAAUGGUGAGCAGCCAACAACAGAUAAUUAAGGACUUAAGCAGUGAGUUGGAGGAAGAAAGAAAUGCAUCCUCCUCAGCAGCCAAAGAGGCAAUGUCAAUGAUAUUGAGGGUGCAAAGAGAAAAGGCAGAAGCUCAAAUGGAAUUAAAACAAUUCAAGAGGUUGACUGAAGAGGAAAAGGCACAUGACCAGCUGGAGAUUAUGGCAUUGGAGGAUUUGUUGUACAAAAGGGAGCAAACAAUUCAGUCCUUGACUUGUGAGGUACAAAUGUAUAAGCACAGAAUGAUGAGUUAUGGCCUCACCGAAUCUGAGGUGGAGGGAGAGAAUGGGGGCGGCUGUUUUAGCCGAAACAAUAGUACUAUGGCUGAUGAGACUAUAAUUGAUCAAAUCCCUACAUAUGAUUACCCUCCCUUGAAAUGCUAUACAAAUGAGAAUCAAGUUUACUCAGAGGUGGUGGAUAUCGAGGACGAGAAAUAUGCAUUUGGAGAGACCCCAUGUUCGCAUGAUCAAUUGCGAGAUUUGGAGGAUAGGAUCAAUCAGUUGGAGAAGACACCAAGAAGCACUACUGAUGGAGAGUUAUUUAAGAACAAUGUCCUUGAAAAGUUUAUAGUUGGUCACUCCCCAAGGAGGCUGAGACAUUUAAGGAAAUACUCAACUGAUAGUUUAGCUUCUCCUUUUGCAAAAAUUAAAGAAAUAAGCUCAGAUUUCACUAGGAAACAACAGUCACAAACAGAGGAGUAUCCAAAGGUGGAUAAUUCAUCACAAGUGGGAGAUGACAUGAGUGACAGAGUGUACACUAUUGAUUCUAUACACCAGGAGGCUAGAUACAACGUCGACCCCAAGGCAACGGCUGGAAUAGCUGAUGAUUAUAUAGUUACCCCAAGGGAGUCAUUCAAUCAUACAGAUUUUGGAGAUCCUGAGGUCACUAAACUGUACCUUAGGCUUCAGGCACUAGAGGCUGAUCGCGAGUCAAUGAGGCAGGCUAUUAUUUCUAUGCGGACUGAUAAUGCACAGAUGGUAUUGCUCAAGGAGAUUGCUCAGCAGUUGUGCAAAGAGAUGUCACCUGCAGCGAAGACACGAGUUAGGAAGCCAUCUGUAAUUGGGGGCUUUUCACUCAUGUCAGCUUUCAAGUGGAUUAUAUCCCUUGUUCUAUGGAGAAGAAAAGCACGCCGAUGNGCGAUGCAAGUACAUGUUUGGAAUGUCAACCAAGAAUACAGGGUUGAGAAUGCUCUUAGACAAAGGACCGCGUGUGGGGCGUUGGAGAUGUAUCUCCAGUACACAGGUGAGAAAAACCAGUUCUCAAAACAGCANCCGAUGCAAGUGAGUUGA